CACAGGUGACAUCCUAUCAUCUACAGGAUCACAUAGCAACCAUGAGGUCUCUGGUCUUCGUUCUGCUCAUCGGAGCUGCUUUUGCCUUGGAGGACGACAAGAUCGUCGGAGGGUUUGAGUGCGCCCCUAACUCCGAGCCCCAUCAGGUGUCUCUGAACUCUGGCUACCACUUCUGCGGUGGCUCCCUGGUCAGUGAGGACUGGGUUGUGUCUGCUGCUCACUGUUACAUGUCCCGCAUCGAGGUCCGUCUGGGAGAGCACCACAUCAGAGUGAACGAGGGAACCGAGCAGUUCAUCAGCUCCUCCCGUGUCAUCCGCCAUCCCAACUACAGCUCCUACAACAUUGACAAUGACAUCAUGCUGAUCAAGCUGAGCAGACCCGCCACCCUCAACCAGUACGUGAAGACUGUGCCUCUGCCCAAGAGCUGCGCUCCCGCUGGCACCAUGUGCAGAGUCUCUGGCUGGGGCAACACCAUGAGCUCCUUUGAUGACGGUGACAGGCUUCAGUGCCUGGACAUCCCCAUCCUGUCUGACAAGGACUGUAAUAACUCCUACCCUGGCAUGAUCACUGAUGCCAUGUUCUGCGCUGGAUACCUGGAGGGAGGCAAGGACUCUUGCCAGGGUGACUCUGGUGGCCCCGUUGUGUGCAACGGUGAGCUUCAAGGUGUUGUGUCCUGGGGCUACGGAUGUGCCGAGAGGAACCACCCUGGUGUCUACGCCAAGGUCUGCAUCUUCAACGACUGGCUGGAGAGCACCAUGGCCAGCUAUUAAAUCUGAUCCUUCUAUCACCAGCUAAAUCUACUGCAUUUAUGCCAUCAUUCUAACUCCACAAAUUGUUGUAGAGUUCUGAACAAUGUGCAGUCAGUUUCCAUCUCAAUCAAUAAAAUUGUUCAACUUGA